AUGGAGACAAACGACGAGCUGCUCAAGACGCUGUCACUCCAGGAGAAGCUCACGUAUUUCUACUGCCAGUACGUGCACGAAGAGGCGGUUGAUCCAGAGGUUGAUGGUGACGCAGCGUGUCUGUGGGAGAAGGUAAUGGCGUCUCGGCGCAAAUCCCGUGAGCGCGUGUGCAUUUUACUGAACCAAAUGGAAAAUACAUCGGCAGUAAACGUGCGCACGCUGGACAAAAGUUACCGCGCGAAACGUGAACUGUUGCUUAUAUCAGAGGGGACGAUACGUACGACAGGAAGUAGCUCUUUGUCUGGGCGUGGAGGUGCUUUGGUACAACUGGAAGUUGCUCGAGCAAAUAAUGAGCUAUUGCAGGAGUGUGGCGCUCUCUCGGUCUUUACGGAGAGGCUGCAGCGCUCGAUUCAUGCUUUUCGAGGACUGAAUUUCCAGCAUUUAGAUCUGGAUCAAGUGGAUACGCUGAUUAAAAACUUGCAGGAAGACAUGGUGCUGGUGUAUCUACUGAUCGUUUUUAACUCACACAAGAAAAACGCAGUAUUUGAACGCCAGCUCGUGAUGUUUGCGAUCAUGGAUCCGUCGUUCUCUCUGGUAUCAAUUCUCGACUGUCUGAGCCAGCUCAAUGUGCUACCUGGCUUCCCGAUCAAGCGGCUGCUUUUACUGUUCUAUGAGCUGUUUUCGGUUGUCAUGGGUGGGUUUGACGAACUGAAUGCACUCAAGCGAUUGCGCCGCGAGCGGAGUGACAUCGAUGAAUCCAUUUUGAAGGACGAUGCAGAAGGUGUAUUGCAUUGCAAGACGUCUAAACCGUAUGUCGAUACGAUCCAGCUGGAUGCACAGGACCCGCAUUACUUGCAAAAGAAGAGAUUUGCAAAAAAGCGUGAAGAAAUUCACAACAAGUACUUGCAUAGAGCCAACUACGAGCUAAAAAGCCAGCAGUCGAGUGAUGCCGAUUUGGCUACGCAGCCACUGGAUACGCUGGAUUAUGAAUGGGAAGAGCGUGUAGAAAUUUUGUAUCAGCUCUUCUUGCCCUGCAUGCGCGAGUAUACUACGUUCCUGGGAAACCUCGUGACGUUGUCCUGCGGCAGUGCUUUAAACGCGCGCGACAAAAAAACGUUUUACUCACGACGACCAUCGAGCGGCGACCAAUACAGUAUGGCUGACUUUUCUACGCCAGGCAGCGAGAAUACCAACGACAAUCAAUUUUGGAAGUGGAUUCUCCGCGAGAAAGCAAUUGUAUUGGAUGUGUCCAACCUGAUCAUUCUGCUAAUUUACAAGCACUUUCGUGCAAGUCAUGCGUGCAAGGCGGAAUACUUCAUGCAGUUUUUCUUGGAGGCCAACGUAUUGGCGACAAUGACCAAAUUCAUGAACAAAGAUAUAGGCACGUAUCUCCAAGUUUCCAGACAAGAAUUGGAUGACUCUAAGACAGGGUUCUACGCACUUGAAAAGGAGCUGGACAAACGCACUAUUCGCUUCGAGGAAGACAUGAACGAAUACGCUAUCCAGUCGACAAGAACGAUUACGAGCAUAUUGAGGAUUCUGCAGAAGCUGACUAAGAGGAAACCUAACAUCAUCAAGAACGCCCUGUGUCGAGGGCAGACAAUUGUCUGGUUGAAGCGCGUGGUAUCUCUUCAGAUCCCAUUGCCACGCCUGUAUGCAUUGAAGUUGGUAAAGUCGCAGGCGAAAUAUUUAGGCCACCAGUGGGUAAAGAAGUACACGUGCUUCAGUAUGCUGACAGAUGUGUAUCUGCACGUGCGACCCCAGUUGGAUGACGAUUGGUUGCACUACGAGGAUGAGGAUUUGAACAAGCCUCCGUUGCAGGAUUCGGUGGAGAGGAUUGUUUUCGGCGAGAUGCAAGCAUAUCACCACAAACAUUACUUUGAUUCACCUUUCGGGGGUGGUAAGCUUCUUCCUGGCGGGGCUUCAUUGAUUUGUGAAGACCGCAAGGAGCUCCGAUCAGACUCGUUCAUUCAAGAUGGUGGACGUUUGGCGAAACUGUACAUUGAUAUCAAGCUGGAACCCAAUAACUUCUGCAAACAGUACGAGAAGUGGCUUGAUACCGAGGGCCUUACACGUGACUUGGAUGCGGAUGCGAUACCGCUCCCCAUUUCAUUUCAGUGA